GUUUACUUAUCAUAGGCCUGAAGUACAUAUAAGAAUUAGCUGACCAAAGUCGUUCAGAAGUCCGUCUUGACAUGACAAAUCACAAGAACGACACAGGGUAUGAGACCUUUCGGGAGUUCAAGUUGACAGAUGGAAUAAAGUAUAAACUCAACAUUGGGUUACGCGAAGCAUCAGACAACAUAGCAAAAGGUUUAUGGUACAGUAAUUUAGCUGCGUUUUCAACUUUUGACCGUGACUUAGAUUUCGGAGGAUCACGUAAUUGUGCUGUUGAUCGACAUGGAGCCUGGUGGUAUAAAACAUGCACAUACGUUAAUUUCAAUGGAUUAUAUGUCCAACCAGGUGAAACAUGUAAACUUGCUGGGGCAGAAACCGGUGUUUGUGCACAAUGGCAUGGAGGGUUUAAUAGUGGAGGAAAAUUAAGGAGAUCUUCAAUGAUGUUGAGAAGGACAUAAAAUGUGAUCGAGAUCGAGAUCAACAACUAAACUCAGACAUUUGAGAGGUCAAAUUCGUGAAAUUUUGAUUGAUUUAAAAUUGAUUCUGAGAAUCUUUCUUUUGAAAUUUACAAAUAAUUGACAAUAAUAUACACCUGGAAAUAAGUUAAGCACACCCCCUGAAAUAUAAAAUUGGUUAUGAUUGAAAGCGCUGUCAUUACAUGACGACUUAAUUGAGCUAAGAAAUAGUAAUGUGGCGGUUACAUACGUUAUUAUAAAUCUGGCUAAAUAAUGUGUUUUUUAUAUUACGUAAUCGUCAACAUUUACCACAAAUAUCCAACUGUUAAUGUUUUGUAAACGCUCUAACACCAUGCUUAUAAACACUUACAUUUUUUUUUUUGUAAAAACAACACAUUUGCUUCUGCUUCAAUAAUUUGGUUCAGAAUAAACUAAACUCAUAAAAUGUACUGGUUUAUAAAUACUUAAUUGGU